AUGCCUCUUUCUUCUAGGACUGUUGAAAGAGAUUUCCCGUUGAUGGUCAAGUUGAGUAUUGUCCUGUAUUCAACCAAAGCUCCGUCAAUGCUGAUGUUCCUCACUCGUGUCCGACGAGCUGCUGGAGGAGGUGGUGUAUUUGGGGCUGCGGGAGGAGGGGUCGCCGGAGCUGCAGGAGGAGGGGUCACUGGAGCUGCUGGAGGGGUCGCCGGAGCUGCGGGAGGAGGGGUCGCCGGAGCUGCGGGAGGAGGGGUCGCUGGAGCUGCUGGAGGGGUCGCCGGAGCUGCGGGAGGAGGGGUCGCCGGAGCUGCGGGAGGAGGGGUCGCCGGAGCUGCGGGAGGAGGGGUCGCUGGAGCUGCUGGAGGGGUCGCCGGAGCUGCGGGAGGAGGGGUCGCCGGAGCUGCGGGAGGAGGGGUCACUGGAGCUGCUGGAGGGGUCGCCGGAGCUGCGGGAGGAGGGGUCGCCGGAGCUGCGGGAGGAGGGGUCGCUGGAGCUGCUGGAGGGGUCGCCGGAGCUGCGGGAGGAGGGGUCGCCGGAGCUGCGGGAGGAGGGGUCGCCGGAGCUGCUGGAGCUGCUGGAGGAGGGGUUGCUGGAGCUGCUGGAGGAGGGGUUGCUGGAGCUGCUGGAGGAGGGGCUGCUGGAGCUGCUGGAGGAGGGGUUGCUGGAGCUGCUGGAGCUGCAGGAGGUGGCGGGGAAGCAGGAUUGGAUGCAGUUGAGGAAGUGGAUGGAGCAGAAGACAGUCUAGGAGCUGGGGGAGGAAUGCCAGGGAGGUUGAGUCGAGGUCGACGUGAAAGAGAGGUAGUAGGUCUAGAAGGGCGAGAUGUUGAGGAUGCAUGA